CUGCUAUCACUCCAUCUGGUUGUGAACAGCACCAAGACUCGCACAGGUGUUUUGCCAGUUCCAGGAGUUUAUCAUGUUUAUCCUUCACUGCGCAACUUCAGCGUUGUAAACUUCCUCAGAGGGAAAUGCAGCCUGACCAACCACACUGAGAGGUCUCCACUGCUGAAGUUCUCCCAGGAUGAUGGUCUAACUUACAUGACGCUGCAUGACUCCAGUUUGAGCCCUGGAGAGGAGCUGUGGGAUAACUCUGCUGAGCUGGAGAGGAGAUGCCGGCUGGGCAGUGAAGUGACCAGUCUUUCCCGUUCCUUCUCUACUGAGAAAAGUGAACACAAUUUCAGACUCUCCUCCAACCUCAGAUACUGUUUAAGCAUCACGAAACUCGUCACCAUCUUCAGCAUUGUUGUCCUGUGUUCACUUUUCUUCAGCAUGUAUCCUGAUCGAGAGAGACCCUGGAGGAUGUUUGCAGUCUCAUCCACUGAGAGCUUCUCCAUGAAUUUGACAGACUUCCGUGAUAAUGCCUUAUUGAAGCUUCAGGUGGGUGGGCCCUUCAUGACCGGAAUGGAGGGCGUCCCAGCUCAGGAGUACAUAUUGAUACAGGUGGAGCAAAUGGUAGAAAUAGGAUCGCGCAGGAAACGUGUUCAGCAGAUUCUGCAUAACUGGACCAUACCUUUACACUCAAAGAGGAAUGAUCAGAUUCUUACGACAAGAACAUUCGAGAUGCUUGCUGGCGCUCCAAUCUCAAUAAAUGUUCAGGCCUCCCUUCUGGACAAUCAGGUGGUCCCUCUCUCGAUGACGCACCAGUCUCUGUACGUAACGGUGGAAACACAGGUGGUGAUAGCUGGAGUGAUCCUGGCUGGAGUCUACGUGCUCAUUAUCUUUGAGAUAGUCCAUCGCACCCUGGCCGCCAUGUUGGGGUCCCUGGCUGCUCUUGCAGCUCUGGCCUUCAUUGGAGAUAGGCCCAGUCUGAAGACAGUAGUGGAAUGGAUCGACUAUGAAACCUUGGCCUUGCUGUUUGGGAUGAUGAUCUUGGUGGCCAUUUUUUCAGAGACCGGCUUCUUCGAUUACUGUGCAGUUAAGGCGUAUCAGGUGUCCAGAGGAAGAGUGUGGCCAAUGAUCAUCAUUCUGUGCCUCAUUGCUGCCAUUCUCUCAGCCUUUCUGGACAAUGUGACCACCAUGAUGCUCUUCACUCCUGUUACCAUCAGGUUGUGCGAGGUGCUGAAUCUGGACCCCAGACAUGUCCUAAUUGCUGAGGUAAUCUUCACCAACAUCGGAGGAGCUGCCACUGCAGUGGGGGAUCCACCCAACGUCAUCAUUGUGUCCAACCAAAACCUGCGCAAAACAGGGCUUGACUUUGCAGGAUUUACAGGGUACAUGUUCCUGGGGAUCUGUCUGGUGCUCCUGACCUCCUUUCCGUUCCUGAGAAUGCUCUACUGGAAUAAGAAACUCUACAAUAAAGAGUCCAGUGAGAUUGUGGAGUUGAAGCAUGAGAUUCUGGUUUGGAGACAGACCGCACAUCGCAUCAACCCAGCCAGCCGGGAGGAGACUGCUGUGAAGUGUCUUCUCAUGCAGAAGGUGCUCAACCUGGAGAGUCUCCUGCGCAAGCAGCUCAGAACCUUCCAGAGACAAAUUUCCCAGGAGGACAAAAACUGGGAAAACAUCAUUCAAGAGCUGCAGAAAAAGCACAGAAUAACAGACAAAGUCCUGCUGGUGAAAUGUGUGUCAGUGCUGUCCAUAGUCAUCUUCAUGUUCUUCCUGAAUUCCUUCGUACCCGGGAUUCAUCUGGAGCUCGGUUGGAUUGCUGUCUUGGGGGCUCUAUGGUUGCUUAUUUUGGCUGAUAUUCAGGACUUUGAGAUCAUCCUGCACAGAGUGGAGUGGGCCACACUGCUCUUCUUUGCAGCACUGUUUGUUCUCAUGGAGGCUCUGGCCCAGUUGCAGCUCAUUGACUACAUUGGGGAGCAGACAGCACUGUUAAUAAAAGCUGUGCCAGAGGCGGAGCGGCUGGCCAUCGCCAUCAUUCUGGUCAUGUGGGUCUCAGCUUUGGCCUCCUCGCUCAUAGACAACAUCCCCUUCACCGCCACCAUGAUUCCAGUGCUGAUUAACCUUAGUCAGGAUGCUGACGUCAACCUGCCUGUGAAACCCCUCAUCUUCGCCUUGGCUAUGGGAGCCUGUUUAGGAGGUAAUGGGACACUGAUUGGUGCAUCUGCUAAUGUUGUGUGUGCUGGAAUCGCAGAGCAACAUGGUUAUGGAUUCUCUUUCAUGGAAUUCUUCAGGCUCGGCUUCCCCAUGAUGCUGAUGACAUGUACGAUAGCUAUGUGCUACCUGCUGGCAACUCACGUCGGGCUGGGCUGGAACACCUAAAUCUGCCUCCUCUACCAUCAUCAAAGAGACUGUGCUUGUGUGUGCCUGUGGUGGUGUGUGUGUGUGUGUGUGUGUGUGUAAGAGCGGGAGAGAGUCCAAGAUCAUCUGUAUGUGUGAGUGAGUUGCGUGUGACGGAGUAACUGACAGCCUAAUGGACGGCGGCUAUCAGCGAGCGGAGGCUUACGGCCCGUGCAUCACUGCUGCAGAGGUGUGAUAAAAACAUUCAAACAAGGGAACGCCUGCACCUACUUAUGGGCUGGGGGUAGCUGAGUAUUCCACUGGCUUAUGGUGCUAUUGCCAUCAUCAUCAUCAUUGUUAGUGAGGAGUUUUCAUAUUUCAUGUUUGUUUACAUUUAUCCAAAAAAAAAAAAACUGAGCAGAUUUCUUAUUCUUCAUUCUUAAACACUGUAGUUCUGUUUAUAUGAUUUUGUGUGGCCAUAAAUAAAAAAAAAGAUAUAUUUAUUGAUGCAUUUCAGUUAGAUUUUCUUUUUUAGGCACUAUAACAUCUGAUUAAAGGGAUAUCCACGUGUGCCUCUCCAACAAAUAACCACAGCAAAUCUCCCACUCUUAACAGAUUUGUACCUAAUUAUAUUGCUUAUUUAAUUUGUCAGAAAAAAAUCAAUUAACUUCACUUUUAAAAUUGGUCUUAUUAUUACACAUUAUGCUUUUAAUGCACGUUUACACAGAUUUGAAGCAGUGAUCAUCUACAUUUAAAGUCCUGCAGAGUUUUGUUUUAACAUACAUCUAAGAGUUAAGGGCAGUUUCCAAGAUUAGUUUUAGACUGGGAGGUUUCCCUAAAUGUGCUGUUCAAAAAUGCUGAAUUAAUAAUCCCAUCAUGGAUUUCUGAAGACAUUAGUUAAGCCCUUUUAAAGAAUAGCCAUAUCAUACCUUUUGCGAAAAAUCAGUUAUUAGUUUUUGUUUUUAAUUUAUUUCAAUUUUUUUCUGGUCAAUUGUCUAUUCAGCUGCUAUUCAGCUGUUACUCAGCUGUAUUUACUGGAACCGCAUAAAAUGUGCAAAAUGAAAAAUACUCAUCUGUGUUUUUUUUACAGUGGGAUUCUGUAAAAAUAUAUUUUUAAUAUAGGAUGAAUUAAUGGUAAUUGGGCAGUUUUUGGCUUGCCUUUAUUGCAACAAAAAAUAUUCAAACAAAUGUAAAUUUUGAUUUUGUGGUUUCUCAGCAAGAGCAUUUUUUCCCCUUCAUGCAAGAAAAUAGACCUUGUAUAACUGUAUUAACUGUUCCAUUUGACCUCAUGUGCCAAUCACCCGUAAUUUAUCCUAUAUAUGAUCCUUCACCCUAUAUAUGAUCAAAACAAGAUGCAAGAAUCUUCUAAAACUUCUCUAACCUCACCACAAUCAUUUCUGUUACAAUAACAGCACGUUUGUGGCAGGUUGUGAUUAAAACAACACUCUGCAGGAGAACGUUGGUGACCACUCAUCUUCUCUGGAUUCCUUUGACAUCUCUAGUCGGUCACUGAAACAGAUCCAGUGUGUGAAAUGCUCAUUGUCUGAAAGAACCAGUUUUGCCUGCAUUAUAAUAAAAUGCAGUUUUCAUUUACAGAAUGCAGGCAUGUGGUUGGAAUCUUUCACACAAAUAAUCUUAAAUUGCCCCUUUAAAUGAGACAAAAAUGCUAAUAAGCUUGACUGUCUGACUAAUCAGUGAAAUCAGCGCAUGUGUGAGUGCUCUUUUAGCUAAUUCCAAUAACAGCCCACCACUCUAAUCGCAAUUAACGUAGGAGGAUAAAGCGAUCUUCGGAUGAUAGACUGUUGUGCAUUGUUAGACGUAUUUGUUUACUCUGGCAUUAUAAGAACGACUUGGAAUUAAUCACUGUUUAUAAUCCCUCACAUUAAUUUAUUAUUACUGUUUGUUGUUGUUUUUCAAACAUAUUUAGUAACACAUUUUACAUUUGGCAGUUUCUAUGAUGUCCUAUGCCCCCAUAUGUUCUGUUGCCCAGUGAAUAAGCAUUGUUGUCAAGAUGUUCUACUGUUUUCUCUGUAAUCUGUAAUGUCCUGGAACUGACAAUCACUAAAAGUAAAGGCCAUAUAUAUAUAUA